AUGGACCAAGGGGUACACCUAAGUGGCGCGAAGGCAGCCGUUACGCGAUGGAAACCGUCGUGGGAGGCAGGAAUUUCGUACGCGGUAGGUGUCGAGAAGCUCGAGGCUUGGCAUCGCCGCCAAGAAUUUCUCUACAAGGACUGGGUAAUGAGAGCGCUCUUCCAUCAGCUCUGCGAGAAAGAUCGUGAGAUCGCAGUGAUCGGCGCUUUCGGGAUGAUCUGUUCGGGGAUCUUGAUCCCUGCCGGUUUGUACACUGGAUUGACCCGCAGCGACGACUCGUUUCGUUACGUUGAUUCAGCUUGCUCGACCCGAAAUCUUGAAUACGCGUUCGUCAUUGACUCCUGCCAGAUGCUCAUGCCAGAUUACAGUACUUUCGACCCCUGUAGACGCCUGCGGGAUCUAAACGAUUAG